CCGUGACGAGGUGGCUGUGACAAAAACCUCACGUCUUGGCGCUAACGACAUAGCCCAUGACUGGCACAUUGUUCCCUUCUUGCGUUUGGGAUGAAACAGGAACCCAGUCAAUCUUGCCAAGCUGAAGCCUGUGCACUUCAAACAUGCAUUUCGGCAAACACGUACUCUCCGGAGAAAUGCGACGCACAUCUCAAAAGGCUCUAUCAAUGCUGCUCCGAACUAUAUCAAGACCGUGCGGAGAAUAACGGCACAGAACGUGGCAAUGGUUCCGAUCAAGAAAACAUAUCGACAGCGUGUCCAAUGCAAAAGGUAGUUGAGCGCUGGCUAAAGAGUCAUCCAUCAUGAUCAGCGCGGAAACGUCCCUGCAAUUUGAGGCUCAUGCCCAUCGAUGGCCUACCUGCAGAUUUGAAGCACUUUGUCCGGUCGACCCUUGAUUAUGUUAGAAGCGUGUGAAGUCGACGUCUCGGGUGCUUCCUAGGUGUAGGGCAUGAAGAACAGUUACGGUGGUUUUUAUUGCACAGCCAUAUCAAUAUUGUUAGACGCUCGCACUAAAUUUACCUCCACGGACCACAGCCAGGGCU